GGAUGGGAUUAACAGAGGUAGCUUCACAAAUGGUCCAACGCGAGUAUGUCAUUCUGAGGACGGUAACGUUAGCUGUUGGCUAGCCGUGUGAACAAUCCACAAGGACAACACACGUCCCUAUUCAGUCUGAGGUAGUGUAAGAUGCCAGGUGCUGGUCCAUGGGUGUGAGCCGACUGGAUGUAUUUUACCGAAGACUGCUCCUCACCAAACUCUUUAUCGGGGGAUGGGGGAAGCCUGAAGACCUCAAGAGAAUCUUUGAGUUCCGUAAGAUCAUUGGAGACAGAGAGAGGUGUAAGUCUCUGGUACCUGAGGACUAUCCAGUUUACAUAGACAAGACAGAGGAACACACUGACUGUCAGAUCCAUGAUGGCUUCUUCAUCUCUCCUCUGGAGCACUUGGUUCCUGGAAUCUUGCCUACAGAGGCUGUGAAAGCCAGGUUCCAGUUUAUAGUUCCUAAGAGAUGGCAGAAGAACAGACCAGUAUGUAUCCACUUGGCUGGGACUGGAGAUCAUUUUUUCUGGCGUCGGAGGACCCUGAUGGCCAGGCCCAUGAUUAAAGAGACAGGAAUGGCUUCACUGCUUCUGGAGAACCCUUAUUAUGGCUAUCGUAAACCCAAAGACCAACUGCGGUCCAGUUUAAAGAAUGUGUCAGACCUGUUUGUGAUGGGAGGGGCUUUGAUCCUGGAGUCCACAGUGCUUCUCCGUUGGCUGGAGAGAGAGGGAUACUGGCCUCUAGGAAUGACUGGCAUCUCCAUGGGAGGAUAUAUGGCAUCCCUGGCAGUGACUAACUGGCCGAAGCCCAUCCCUCUGAUUCCCUGUCUGUCCUGGUCCACUGCCUCAAGUGUCUUCACCACGGGUGUGCUGAGUAAAGCAGUGAACUGGACAGAGCUGGAGAAGCAGUAUGCCAUUAAUUCAGUGUAUGAAGAGAUCAUUAAGCUGUUGGAGUACUGUGGGGCUGAUUCCUUUAAGAUGGGUCAAGAACUUGUGAAGAACUCUCCAGGUAGUGUGGACUCUUUAGAGCAUCUGCUGGGCUUGUCUGGAGAUGACAACGCAUCAGAGGCCAAGUACUCCAAGGCUGGGGGGGAAGCUGAGGCUGGUCGAGGCCUGUUGAUUGGAGGCCCUGGAGACAAAGUAGACCAAUUAUUAUCAUCAGUGAACAGCAGUGGAAUUAACUUAGACACUCUACCAAGAAGCAUUCAUGCCAAGAACGCAUUGCAUGUGAAGAAGACAGAUUCAGCCAAAUGCUGUCGGCCAUCAUUAUACAGGGAGUCUAUAAGCUUCAUGAAGGGAGUGAUGGAUGAAUGUACACACAUGGCCAACUUCUCUGUUCCUGUAGACACCAGUCUCAUCAUCGUGAUCCAGGCCAAAGAAGAUGCCUACAUCCCUCGUACUGGGGUCCUCAGUCUGCAGGAGAUUUGGCCAGGGUGUGAAGUCAGAUACCUGAAUGGAGGACACAUAAGUGCUUAUCUGUUUAAGCAGAAUGUCUUCAGACAGGCCAUAUACGAUGCAUUCAACAGAUUCUGCCUGAAGUAUCCUAAUCUGCACUAGCUAUGGCUCCCUUCGACAGUACCAGGACUGCAUGUUGAACAGAAUGGAAGUGGAUAUGUGUGAGUGGGUAGGCUGAAACACACUGCGUCAGCUGGACAUUGUAAACAGUGAUGCCUGUCAACAGACCAGUGUCCUCAGCAUGAAGUAUGGCAGUUAAAUCAUUUCUACUGAGACAUGAUGUGUCUGAACUGUACAGGCUAUUCUUAGAUAAAGAUCAAAUGAGCACA